AUGCGUGUUUUCAACAUCCACUCGCUACUUGCGGCCAUACCAUCAACACUCGCUAUCCCACCACAGCCCGAGCUCUCAAACACAACGACACUCCCAACUCACUUUGCUGCGCUGGUGUUCCCACGCUACCAGGCUAUCGAUCUCUUUGGCCCGCUCGACAUCCUCAACACAAUAUCCAUGUUCUAUGGCAACGAAUCUAAGAUGCACAUGUCCAUCUUUAGCAGCACCAUGGAUCCAGUAUCGACCGGCCUAGAAGGCGGUUUUGGUGAAAAGAUAUUACCAACCAACACGUUUGACGAGGUUCUUGGAAACAGCAGCCGAUACUUGAACGACACCAAAGGCGAGAUUGAUGUUCUCAUUGUCCCAGGUGGAGCAGGCACACGUGGUGACAUGACGCUGGAAGUUGAAUUCGUAAAAGCUGUGUACCCUAAGCUCAAAUACAUUAUCUCGGUCUGCACCGGUGCAUCGAUUCUCGCACGUGCUGGCAUCCUCGACGAUCAUCGUGCGACAACUAACAAGCGCUCCUUCGCGUGGGUCAAAUCUACUGGUGGCAGCAAUGUGACUUGGGUGCCAGAAGCCCGCUGGGUUGAGGACGGCAACGUCUUUACGUCGUCGGGCAUAUCUGCUGGUAUUGAUGUUACAUAUGCGUGGGCGAGCCAUGUAUAUGGCGAGGAGGUUGCAGAGUAUCUGGCGAACAGUGCCGAGUACACGAGGUGGACGAAUGCGAGUUAUGACCCUUUUGCGGAGAUAUGGGGCGCGCAGUGA